CCAUGGGCGCCAAGCUGCUCUGCCUCUGCCUCCUGCCAGCCCUGCUCGCCUACUACAUCUACACCCCCGUGCCCGCGGAGCUGGCACAGCCCUGGAGAGUGAUGGUCCUCUGUGCCCCCUUCAGGGCCGUGGGGCACCUGUCCGCGGUGCUGGAUCUGCUGGGGCUGAUGCACUACAUGGAGGGCAUGAGGCUGAUCACAGCUAUGGAGACCGUCGUGGUCACAUCCGAUGAAAACGUCACUGUGACGGACACCGAGUUCAACAAUGUCCCUGUCCUCCUGUACCUGCCCAAGAGGGCACCUGACGGGCUGAGGAGGGCCAUGGUCUACUUCCACGGCGGGGGGUGGUGCCUGGGAGACGCAGGCAUGAAAACCUACGAUCACAUCUCACGGCGAACUUCAAACGAGCUGGAUGCUGUCGUGGUGUCAGUCAACUACAGGCUGGCCCCUGAGCACCGUUUCCCGGUGCCCUUUGAAGACGUGUACUCAGCGACCAAGUUCUUCCUGCAGAGCAGUGUCCUGGCCCAGUACGGGGUGGACCCUGCUCGGGUCUGUGUCGCAGGGGACAGCGCUGGGGGCAACCUGGCUGCGGCUGUGGCACAACAGCUGUUGGAGGACCCUGAAGUCAAAACGAAGCUCAAAGCCCAAGUUUUGCUCUACCCUGCCCUGCAGGCCCUGGACCUGGAUCUGCCGUCCUACCGAGACAACGCCAACAAGCCCCUGCUGUCCAGGUCGCUCAUGGUCAGGUUCUGGAGCGAGUAUUUCACGUCAGACCCCUCUCUGAGGGAGGCGAUGGCCUCCAACAGGCACGUCCCCGCCGAGGCAGGGCACCUGCUGCAGUUUGUGAACUGGAGCCGGCUGCUGCCCGCGGGGAUGCGCGAAGGGCACACAUACGCGGCCCCCACGCCGGGCAGCGCGGCGCUGGCACGGCGCUACCCCGGCUUCCUGGACCCGCGGGCGGCCCCGCUGCUGGGCAAUAGCGAAUGGCGGCUGCCGCCAAGCUGCCCCCGCCUACAUCCUGACCUGCGAGACGACGUGCCCCUGCGGGACGAUGGUGCCAUGUACGCGCAGCGGCUCCGCAACGCUGGCGUGAGUGUCACCCACGACCACGCGCGGGACGCCUUCCACGGGGCCCUCCUGUUCAUCUUGUGGCCCUACGAGCUGGCCGUGGGGCACCGGCUCUGCAACAGAUACGUGCAGUGGUUGAAGGAGAACCUCUGAGCCCCCACGUCUGCCAGGCGUGGCCGAGGGCGCGGGGCUGUGCCGGCUCUCGGCCGGGUGUGCCG